GUACAGCGAGGUUUCAAUUUUUUUCUCUCAAGCCGGACUCGGGCCGCGGAUCGCAACAAGGUUGACGCACUGAGGCAAAACCGGACGAACGACCCCAACCAGGAGAAUGUCUGAACCCAUGUACCGCGAUUGGAUUUUGGACUCUAUUGACUCACUGCGGUCGCGAAAAGCCAGACCAGACCUUGAAAGAAUUUGUCGAAUGGUCCGGAGACGACAUGGAUCAGCGCCAGAACAAACCAGCGAGGAACUCGAGAAACUGAUACAAGAGCAAACAGUCUUGAAAGUUAACUACAAGGGCUCGAUUUCCUAUCGAAAUGCAGCCAAAGUAGUCAGAAGAAGCAGGAAAAAGGAUGAUCAAACGACCAAAAGAACUGCCGUGGAAGAAGCUAACCACUCCGAUCUGAGCAACGGGGACAGCGCACUCGGUCCCAUUGACCAGGAUGAGACGGAGCAUUUGGAGAAUGAGGUUCCAGUGUCAAUGGAGACAGACAGCACCAUGUGAAGAGGAGGAGGGGAGGAACAG